UCACUACCCCAACUCAUCUCGCAUACCCGGACAUAAGCCUUCUUGCGCUGCGCGAUCGCAACUACCCUCAAUUACUACCCGAUCCUUCACCAUAUAGACCGACCCACCUUCUCAAAAUGUUGAUCAAAGUCCGUACCCUCACCGGCAAGGAGAUUGAACUCGAUAUCGAGCCCGACUACAAGGUCUCCCGCAUAAAAGAACGCGUCGAAGAGAAAGAGGGCAUCCCCCCGGUCCAGCAGCGACUGAUCUUCGGUGGCAAGCAGAUGGCCGACGACAAGACCGCCGCAGAAUACAACCUCGAAGGUGGCGCCACACUACACCUGGUCCUCGCGCUUCGUGGUGGUUUUUAAAAGCGAC